AUGCCCCUCAGUGCUUCUUGCUGCAGGCCAAGAAGGCUGCACCCGCCACCCAGGCUUGGGCUAGGCAUGCGCCUGCAGCAACAGCAGCAACAGCAGCAGCUGCUGUUGCAGCAACAGGAGUUACUACAGCAGCACCACCAACAUCUGCUGCUGCAGCAGAAGCAGCAAGCGUUCUUGCUGCAGCACAGUGUGACCCCACACAGAUGCUAUGAGCGCCUCUACUCAACAGCAGCAGCAGCAGCAACACCGGCAGCAACAGCAGCAGCAGCAGCAACAUCUGGUGCUGCUGCUGCUGCUGCACCUACAUCUUUGCGCGUCCCUCUUCGUUUGUUGGAGGGCAAAGUUCCUGGUGUUGCUGCAGCAGCUGCUGCUGUAGUACAGCUGCUGCUUCCAGUUGCAGCAAGCAGCAGCAGCAGCAGCAGCCGCAUGUCUGCUGCUGAAGUAUCUCGUUGUAUUCAAGCUUCUGCUGCUGCAGCAGAGUUGCUGCUACCGUUGUGCAGCAGCAGCAGCAGCAAAGGAGGAACAGAGGACUUGUGGCAGUGGUACGGCUGUUUGUUGCUCGGCUCCGAGGCCGGCAGCAGCAGCAGCAGCAGCAGCAGCAGCAGCAGCAGCAAAGGAUUUCUUGCUCUAGCUGAUGCAGCAGCAAUCUUAGCUGUUGCUGAUUGUUUUGCAGCAAAAGGAUACAACAGCAUCAAGGCAUGGCGUUGCAUCUUUGCUGCUGCUGAGGCACGCAUGCAGCAGCAGCAGCAGCAGCACAAGCAGCAGCAGCAGCACCACAAGCAGCAGCAGCAGCAGGGUGACAGCAGCUUAAGAGCUGCUGCUGCCUCUUGCAGGCAGCAAAUUGAAGCCCUCGCACAGCAGCAGACCCAAGCUGCACCAAGCAGCAGCAGCAGCAGCAGCAGCAGCAGCAGCAAUAGCAACAGCAGCAGCAGCAGCAGCAGGGAGGAUGUGCUGCAGCAGGUGUCUGUAGGGGGUGUACGUGUGCUGCAGCUGCUGCGUGCUGCAGCAGCAGUAGGCGCUGAUUGGGUGUGGGGCCGCAGCUUGCUGCAGUUGCUGCUGCAGCAAACUGCGCACUUUGCUGAUUUUAUUUCUGGCGUUGAGUUACUGUCUCUUGCUGCAGCAGCAGGAGUUGGUGAUGUAGGCUUGCUGUCUCCUUAUGAGGAGACGGAGACACUUGGGGUGUAUGCGCAGCUAGGCAUAAGACACACGACCUUUUGCCGUCAUAUGCUGCUGCGGGUGCAGCAGCAGCAGCAGCAACUGCAGCAGAAGCAGCAGCAACUGCAGCAGCAGCAGAAAGAGCAGCGAAAGGAGCAGAAGGAGGAGGAGCAGCAGCAGGAACAGCAGCGGGAGCAGCUGGGGCUGACAGAAGCAGACCUACUGCAGCAGCAACGCAUGCAGCAGCGGAUCCUGCUGCUGCACUUCCUGCAGCAGCUGCUGCAGCAGCACAGACAGCAAUUAGCAGCAAAAUCUGAUAUACUUAUAGAGGUGCUGCAUAUGCAGCGCAUGCUGCUGCUGCGGCCCCCUGAACUGCUGCUGCAGCAGCAGCAACAGCAGCAGCAGCAGCAGCAGCAGCAGUUAAGGACAGCAGAAGACUUCUUAGAUGAAGCAGCAAGACUUGCAGCAACAGCAACACUGCAGCAGCAGCAGCAGAUAUUAUCUAUGCAUGCAGCUAGCUGCAGCAGCAGCAACACGGGGGGCAUGCAGAGGGAGCUGUACAGACACCGCAACUAUUCAUUAGGUUUAGGUGUAUAUGCAGAUAGUGCUGUUUGCUGCAGCAGCAGCAGCAGCAGCAGCAGCAAAGUGCUGCCUCUUGUUACUCUUCCUAUCUAUGAAGUUCUUCAUACAGAAGGAUUUGCUUCUGCUGCUGCUGCUGCUGCUGCACCUGCUGCACCUGCUGCAGCAGACCCAGCAGCAACUGCUGCUGCUGUUGAAGCAGCAGCAGCAGUAGGAGAGACCUUCCAUAGAGAACAGCAGCAAAAGGGGCCAACAAUAGAAGCAGCAGCAGCAGCAGCAGCACCAGCAGCAGCAACAGCAGCAGCAGCAGCAGCAGCAGCACAGAUCACCACUGGUCAAGCAGUAAUGAUUUUAGAUGCCUUGUUUAAGCUAAAGUAUCACCAUGCAUGGCCUGAGGUUCCUGCUGCUGCUGCUGCGCUGCUGCAGCAGCUAAGCAGCAGCAAAGAAGUAAUUAAUACAUUUGAUCCAAGACAGGUACAGCAGCAGCAGCAGCAGCAGCAGCAGCAGCAGCAGCAGCAGCAACUGCAGCAGCAGCAGCAGCAGCCAUAA